AUGUUUAUUGUAGAGGAUGUACAAUGUAAUUAUCAUGUUACACAAAAAGAUCGAGCGUGGAAUGAAUAUAUUAAGAAAGGGAUUAACCUCAUUGAAUAUGGUCACUUUAAAUCACCAUACAGUGGAGGCAAGAAACAUUGGUCUGCUUAUCCCAUUCUUUGUGCUAACAAAAAUGAUAAUACUAUUCGGAAUUGUAAUCUGAACAACGAUGAUAAUCAUUCAAAUAAUGAUGAUAAUAAUCAUGACGAUGCUAAUGAUAAUAAUAUCAAUCAUAUUAAUGAUGGCGAUAAUAGUAAUUAUAAUAAUAAUACCAGUACUGAAACAAAUGCAAUUAAUAACACCACUAGUGAAUCACAUGAACUUGAUAAUACUAACAAUACAACUGAACAAGUUUUCAAUAUAUAA